AUGAAACCAUCUCGUUUAGCACGUCGUUUUAAUAAAAAAGGUCGUCAACAAAAAAAAAUUGUUAUUGAACAAAAUCCAUCAACAAAUGUUAUUGUUGAAGGAGAAACAACAACAGCUGACAAUAAUUCAAUUUUACCAUCAAAAAAACGAGUAACUCAUUCUGUUAGUCAAACAGCAACACCUAUCAAACGUAAAUUAUCAAAAAAAGAACGUAAACGUCUAGAAAAAGUGCUUGAUGUUAAAAAGAAAAAAGCUAAACGAGUUGAAUUACUUGAUAAAUUAGGACAAAUACAAAUUUCGAAUGAUGAAUUAGCUCUUCUUCAUUCAGUAAAAAAUAUUGGUAGCAAAACUAAACGUCAACCGAUUGAUACUCAAGUUUCAACAAUAAAUUCUUCUACUUCAAUUAAUUUUAAUCAACGUUCUAGAAAACGUCCAGCUCAAGUAUCUACAGAAAUAAUUCAAAAUGAUUCAGAAACAAGUUCAAAUGAUGAUGAUGAUGAUGAAACUAUUAAUGAUGAAGAGAUUCGUAAAGCCUUACAUCCUUCUCAACCAACAACAACAACAGCACCUAUACCUCCACCUCCGAUUAAACGACAACAACGUCAAAGUAGUACAAGUAGUGUUGAAGAAACAAAAGUCGAUAUUCCAGCUCGACCACAUGCUAAUGUUCAAGUUGAACGUAGCGAAGAAAUUCAAGUAAUACGUUCACAAUUACCAAUUAUUACUGAAGAACAAGCUAUUAUGGAAGCUAUUCAUGAUAAUCUUGUUGUUCUUAUUUGUGGAGAAACUGGUAGUGGUAAAACAACUCAAUUACCUCAAUUUCUUUAUGAAGCUGGUUAUACUCUUGAUGGUAAAAUGAUUGGUAUAACUGAACCACGACGUGUUGCUGCUAUAUCAAUGGCAUUACGUGUUGCACAUGAAUUAAAUUUAACAAAUGAUCAAGUAUCAUAUCAAAUACGUUAUGAAGGUACAUAUAAAAAAGAAACAACAUGUAUUAAAUUUAUGACCGAUGGAGUUUUAUUAAAAGAAGUUCAAAAUGAUUUUUUAUUAACAAAUUAUAGUUGUAUAUUGAUUGAUGAAGCUCAUGAACGUAGUGUUGCAACAGAUGUUUUAAUUGGUUUAUUAUCACGUAUUGUACCAAUACGUUGUCGACGAAAUGAUCCACUUCGUCUUGUUAUUAUGUCAGCUACAAUGCGUAUUGAAGAAUUUAUUAAUAAUAGACAUUUAUUUAAAUUAAAACCAAAAAUUAUUAAUAUUGAUGCAAGACAAUAUCCAGUUACAAUACAUUUUAAUAAACAUACACCAAAAAAUUAUCUUAAUGAAGUUUAUAAAAAAGUUUGUAAAAUUCAUCGACAAUUACCAUCUGGUGGUAUUCUUAUUUUUGUUACUGGUCAACAAGAAGUUAAAACAUUAUGUCAUCAAUUGAAAAAGAAAUUUCCUAUGCAAACACAAAUAGAAAAUGAUGAUGAACCACAAUUUAAAUCAAAAAAAUCUAAAAAGAAAACACAUAACAAUAAAUCUCCAUUAGAUAUUAUUGAUGAUGAAGAACUUGAACAUUUACAAUCGGAUAUUGAGGAAGAUGAAGAAAAAGAUAAAGAAUGUUCAAUAACAAGUGAUCUUGAUGAUGAAGAUAUUAAUGUAAAAGAAAUAUCUAUUGAACCACUUUAUGUUCUUCCACUUUAUGCCAUACUUUCAUCAGAAAAACAAGCUCGUGUAUUCGAACCUCCACCACCUGGUACACGUUUAUGUGUUGUAGCAACUAAUGUUGCUGAAACAUCUAUUACAAUAUCAAAUGUAAAAUAUAUAGUCGAUUGUGGCAAAGUUAAAACAAAAUAUUAUGAUAAAUUAACUGGUGUAUCAACAUUUCGUAUUGAAUGGACAUCAAAGGCAUCAGCUAAUCAACGAACAGGUCGUGCUGGUCGAACAGCUCCUGGUCAUUGUUAUCGACUUUAUUCAUCAGCUGUAUAUAAUGAUUUAUUUUCGGAAUAUACACCACCAGAAAUUGUUCGAAAACCUGUUGAAGAUCUUGUUUUACAGCUUAAAACAUUAAAUAUUGAUCGUCUUGCUAAUUUUCCAUUUCCAACAUCACCUGAUUUAAAAGCAAUUAAUGUUGCUGAACAAAUUCUUAUUCAAUUAAAUGCAUUAGAUAAUAAAUCACCAACAAAAAAAAUUACUGAAUUAGGUCGUCGAAUGUCAGCAUUUCCAAUUAAUCCAAGAUAUUCUAAAAUGCUUGUUAUUGCUCAAGAAAAUCAAGAUUUAUUACCAUAUGUUAUUGCACUUGUUGCAGCACUUAGUGUUAAUGAAGUAUUAACGACUGGACAAGUUAAAAUUCAAAAAGAUAAUCAAGAGAUAAAUAUUAAUUUAGAUGAUUUAAGACGACAAUGGAUAGGACAAGGUGAAUCACUUUUACUUGGUGAUAUGAUGAUUUUACUUAAAGCAGUUGGUGCAUUAGAUCAUCAAAAUUCAAAAAAUGAUUUAUCGAUAUGUACUCAUUAUGGUUUACGACCAAAAGCUAUGACUGAAAUUCGUAAAAUUCGUCGACAAUUAAUACAAAUCGUGAAAUCAAUAUUACCAGAAACAGCAUCAAUACUUGAUGCUCGUCUUUUACCACCUAGUGAACAACAAAUAUGUCUAUUACGAAAAGUACUUGCAGCUGGUAUGGUCGAUCGUUUGGCCAAACGAAUAGAAGGCUCUGUUGUGAUUAAUGGUCAUAAAGCAAAUAAUGCUUAUCAGACUCUUCUACUCGAUGAACCGGUAUUUAUUCAUCCAUCAUCAGUCCUUAUUAAUGAUUUACCAUCAUUUGUUUGUUAUCAAGAAGUACAUGAAACAAAUCGAAUAUUUAUUAAAGAUAUUUGUGCUAUUCAAAUGGAUUGGAUAGUUCAAUUAAAUCCACAUUUAUGUUCAUUUGGUCCUAUUGAAGAUGAACCAUCACCACGUUAUGAUGAAAAUCAAGAUAAAAUGCUUUGUCAUCGUAAAGCAACUAUAGGUCAACGAGUAUCAUGGUCACUUGGUUCACCUAUUGAAACAAUAUUUCCAAUAAAUACAAUUGAUCGUUAUCGUUGGUUUGGAAAAUAUUUUCUUGAUGGUAUUAUUUGUCAACGUCUAUUACAAUAUCAUCCAGCUUUAUUAUGUUCAUCAAAUGCAAUGGUUAAAUCAUGGGCAUCACUUAUGGAACGAACACAAUUAUUUCUUAAUGCAUUAGUAGAAAAAGAAAUUGAUAAUCGAAAACAAUUAAAAGAUAUUUGGUCAACAGAACCAAAAUAUCUACUUGAUGUUUAUUGCAAUUGGCUACCGGAAUCAUUACAUGCACAAGUUAGAUCUAUAUGGCCACCUAUGCCAUUUGUUUUGAAAAAAUAA